AACAACCCAGAUUAUCAAUGUCUAGCAUCCAUAAGUUCUCCUCUCGAACCCACAAGUGAAGGAGAGUCCUAGAUUUCAUGUCUACAAUGACAGCUAGAAGUUUUCCGAUUUUUGUAGCCAUUUUACUUCUUGUUGCGAUGCAAUCACGCACCAUUCAAUCAAAACCAAGUGGAGAUCCUUUUGGGUUCAUCAAACACCUGGAGGGAUGCCACAGGAAUGUAUCUGUCAAAGGGCUUCAUGAGCUCAAAAGAUAUCUUGAGAAAUUUGGAUACUUGAAGUAUGGUCAUCAAGGAAAGAAGGGCCAUAACCAUGCCAAUGACGAUGAGUUUGACGAUCUUUUAGAGUCUGCAAUCAAGGCAUAUCAGCAGAACCAUCAUUUGAACGUUACAGGAAGCCUAGACAAUAGUACAGUGCACGAAAUGAUGCAGCCUAGAUGUGGCGUGCCAGAUGUUGUCAAUGGCACAAAGCAUUACCAUACUCACAAGUCCAUCCACACACUAGCUCACUACAAUUUCAUUCCUGAAAAUCCUAGAUGGACAAAAAGGCAAUUGACGUACAAGUUUCGUUCCAGUGUCCAAGUCCCGGCUGCACAGAACAUAAGGUCCAUCUGCGCAAAAGCUUUUCAAAGAUGGGCACAGGUCACCGAAUUCACUUUUCAGGAAGUUAGCGUUAGCUCCCCUGCAGAUAUUGUAAUUGGAUUCCAUCGGCGAGACCAUAACGAUGGUUCCGCCUUUGACGGUCCUGGAGGGACCUUAGCGCAUGCUACUCCACCAGUUAGGAAUGCAAUGUUCCAUUUCGAUGCGGAUGAAAAUUGGAGUGAAAACCCAGGACCAAACCAGAUGGACCUGGAAUCUGUAGCCGUGCAUGAAAUAGGACAUCUCCUCGGUCUUGACCACAAUGAUGAUCCAAAUGCCGAUGCCAUCAUGUCUUCCGGAAUUCCUUCUGGGAUUGCGAAAAGGGAUUUGCGUGCGGAUGAUAUUCAGGGUGUACGAGCUUUAUACGGAUUCGCUAAUUGAAGCACGUACAAAAGGAGAAUGAUGCUUGCAGUUUCUAUUAUCUAAAUUAAGAAUAAAUUUCCAUCAGUUUCUAGUUACGAAUUUGUGUUUAAUUUGGCCAUCCUGAUCUUAGAGAGGCGGUUACAGUCUUUAUUUGCAAAGUAUCUCCUUGCAAGCCUAAAACUAUUUUGUAAACCAUUUCUUUGAGAUUGUAAAUAAAUUAUGUUGGCAAAAUACAAAUAAUCGGGGAUUAUUUGGACGAGUC